AUGCUCACUAUGGCACAUAAACUUUAUUAUCGGUUCCGGCAGAGAUGGACGUACACCGGUGACCCAAAACAAAAGGUCUUUCAGGCUGCGAAAUCUGGAAAUGCUGUGCGCCUUGAUAAGGUCCUUCAUUUGUUGGAUUUUACAGAAAGAGUUUUUGUAUUAGAUAAGCAGUACAUUCUUGAUGGCUGUUCGUUACCUGGAAAAGAGAAGUCUAGCUCUCUUGUUUCUCCUUUAGUAGUUGCAGUUCAAAAUGGAAAUCUCGAUUGUGUGAAAGUGCUUCUGAGCUAUGGAGCAGACAUUGAAGGUGGAGAUGACAUGUUCAGACAUUUACCUUUAUUUGUUGCUUCUUUUAAUGGAAGUGUUGAGAUUCUGAGUUACUUGCUUGACAAUGGAGCUGAUGUGAAUGCAGUUUCAAAUACUGAGGGCCACACAAUCACACUAUUAAUAGCUGCUGUUCAAAGUGGAAAUCUUGAAAGUGUUAAAGUGCUUUUAAAGUAUGGAGCAGACAUUGAAGUUCGAGGAGAUUUCAAAUAUGUUUCUAAAGAUUAUCCAUUUCACUCUGUUUCAUUUGAAGCUUGCACACCUCUAUUUGUUGCUGCUGCUGUUAAUGGAAAUGUUGGGAUUUUGAGUUGCUUGCUUGAUAGUGGAGCUGAUUUGAAUGCAGUUACAAAUACUGAAGGUCACACAAUCACACCGUUAAUAGUUACUGUUCAAAACGGGCAUGUCGAUUGUGUGAAAUUGCUUCUGGAGUAUGGAGCAGACAUUGAAGGUCGAGGAGGUUUUAGAGUUGAUGCACCUGGGUAUCCUCCUGUCUCACUCAAAAUACACCUUUAUUGGUUGCUGCUGUUAAUGGCAAUGUUAAGAUUUUGAGUUCUUUGCUUGAAACUGGCGCUGAUAUCAAUGCAGUCUCAGAGGGAUUAUACACCCCGCUGAUGAUGGCCGUGAGAUACAGACGCAUUGAUGCAGUAAAAUUUCUCAUGGAUCAAGGUGCUGAUGCAAAUUUACAAGACAAAAAAGGUUAUACAGCCCUUCACUAUGUUGCAAUGUAUUACUGUUCGUUUGAUGCCAUACAUUUGUGUUGUUUUAAUAUUCAGGAUGCAGAUAACCUCACCCCUUUGAUGAUAGCUGUCAAUCGUCUCAAUCUCAAUGUAGUAAACUAUUUUCUUCAAAAUGGAGCUUAUUUAGAUCUUGAAGACAGAUAUGCUCAAAGAUGCCUUCAACUUCUUUUUGAUGUUGGUUUGAAAACUUCAUGUGAAAUUUUAAGUUCCCUGAUUAGAAAUGGAGCUGAUGUUAACGCAAGAGUAAAUGAGAUGAAUCAGACCCUCCUGAUGCUAGCUACCUUCCAAGGAAGUGGUGAUAUAAGAUCUGAAAAAUUUAAGUUGCUUAUUGAGAAUGGUGCCAAUUUAGAUCUUCAAGACAAAAGUGGUAACACAGCUCUUCACUAUGCCGUAAAUUCGCGUGAUAUGUCUGUCAUCUUGGUGUAUGCUGGAGCAUCCCAACUGUGUAACAGUCAGGGAUUGACGCCUUUGCUGGCAGCUAAUAAAAUGGGUAAUUAUUCAAUGGUGGAGUAUUUUUUACGCAACCAUCGACCGGAAAUAACAAAAGAGCAAAAGAUUGAUGCUCUAGGGCUAGUUGGAGCUUCUGUUUGCUUAAAGUCGCAAAGCCCUUCUGGUUUUAAGCUUGGACUCAUGUACAUCAAAUGUGGCAUGAUAGAAAGGUUUGCUGAUCCUUCCCAUCCAUUGUUGAAACAGCAAAUGGAACCUGUGGAAGCCUAUCAGAAUGGAAAAGGGUGUCAAACUCUUGAGGAGCUUGCUCAGAUAGAGGGUGACAAGGUUUCUAUCAUCAUGGAAAGCCUUGUCAUUAGAGAAAGAAUCCUUGGAAUCAACAAUAAAGGUUGUUUACUUGACCGAUUAGAAAUGUUUCAUUAGCUUACUGCCGGAGAAAUAAUUUUUCAGCAUAUGUCUCACUGCAGUUACAUGCAAUCAAAAUAGCCCAUAGCUGCCAUGAAGAAGUGUCAUAUGAUUUCACAAACCUUAUUUUUAAUAUAUUGCGAGUAUGGUCUACUUUUGCAAAAGAGGAUCUUCUUGUUGAAAGGAUGGAUCAAGUAAUUCUUGCUUGGAGUUGUGAACUUGAGAUGCAAAGAAAGAUGAGUCCAAACAAAAGGGAAGUUUCUGAAUGGUUCUUAAAACAUGAGCAUGAUGCCUUAAUGAAACUUGUUUGGAUAAUCAGGAGGCUUAACUGUGGUGACUAUAGGAAACUCUUAAAUGCAGAACUGUUUAUGAAAACUCUCUGCAACUUGAAUUCUCAAGAUUGUGAUGGGAAUACAUUUUUGCACCGCGUACAGUGUUCGAUAGAUCGACAAUACAGCCAUGUUGGCACAAAGCUACUUUUGAAUGCAGGAUUUAAUGUUAAUGCCAUUAACAACAAGGGAAAUACUCCACUUCAUUUAGCUGUCAGCAAUAUCCAUCUUUUAACUGACACUUUGGAAGUUUUGUUUGAUGGAGGUGCUCAUCAUGAUUUUGUCAACAAUGAUGGUAAAACACCCAUGGACAUGGCUAAAACUAAUAAGGCUCGCAUGAUUCUUUCAGAGAGAAGAAAACUAGAGUUAAAGUGUAUCUGUGCCAGAGCAGUGAAAAUUUUUGGAAUCCCCUAUAUGGGCUUGGUACCCAAAACACUAGAGAAAUACAUUAGUAUGCAUUAAUUAAUGUGCAUAAUUAAUAAGACAUUAACUAGAAAAAAUUUGCACAGUGUUAAUAACCUGAGCAUGCUUUAAUGUAUUGUUGUUGUACAUAGUGAUAAUUUUGUGGCGUUAGAAGUUCUUUUAGUGGUGGCCAUAAAACCUAGAAAUAAAUUAUGUGUCUUGCAAAGCCUAGUGAUACUUAGUGUGCUACUCAAGUUAAGUCCUGCUGGGCAGGGUUAGGAACUUAUUGGGUGAUCAGCCAUCAACCCUUUAAGCCACAAUAUCCACAUACAAAUUCUCCAAACUUAUCUCUAUACAUUUCCUUAAAGAAUGUGUUGAGAGAAUUUAAUAAAAGAUCAAAUGAUUUUCUCUCUGGUGAUCAUUUUAUUAAUUCUCAAAACCUAAUCUCUUGCUAGCCUGCAUAGCAAGCGUUUCUGUUUAGUUUCGGAGCAGAAAAAAACAAGGAACGGGAUUUUCGGUUUUUUCCACGCCAUUUUUUGCACGGUCUUUGACUCUUGUUCCGAGCUCUUUACUCUUAAACCACACAGAAACGCUUGCUAUGCAGGCUAAUCUCUUGCCAAUAUUAUGGGUAUCUUUAGGAGGGAAUUGAUGUUAGUCACCGUUUGAACUCCUACUUCCUUCUCUCUUGUCUUCAUGUUUUUUUUGUUUGUCCUAUUAAUUUUGAUUCUUAAAUGCAUAUUGCAAAGCAUAUAGCAUUAUUUUGGUCAUCUGAUAGAAAAAUAAAAACAAGGCAAGUUUGUAUGCAAAUCAGUUCAAGUUCAGUGGCUGUAUGAUCAAUGUACAGAGCUGAUAAAAGUCUUUGAUCCAUUGGCAAAGAAUUUCCAUGGGACCAUAGGUUUGUCUCUUGAGUAUUUUAGCGUUUAAGAAUUAAGUCAUUCGCAUUGCAUGUCAGUCGCGUAGUUCCGGAACUAAACCUCUUCUUGCAGGGUAGAAACGAAUGGGCUCUCAGAAGCUUUGGAAUUCCUUAUUUUAUUUUUGGGGUGGUACUCAAAACACUGGAGAAAAACAAAUAGAAUGGAAUUAAAUUUUUUAUAGUGCACAACUUUUAACUUGGCUAGAAAAUUUACAGUCUAGCAUGAUAUUUAUUUUGGUUGUACAUGCUGGUGAUUUCGCAGCCUAAGAAGCCCCAGGGGUGGGGGGCAGUUGUGCAUAGUAAUAAUUAUUAUGAGUUUAUUAGUAAUACGCCUGUCUGGGUACCGUACGGGGGAGGACCUGACACUUGAUUCAUUCAGGUUUCUUUAACCCCUUAGAAUUCAUUUGGUGUGCAGUGGCUAUUUUGGCAUUCUGCAAAAUUCCCCUGCUGUCCUUAUUCCUUUCUUUGUGAAAAAGGACACCACACACCAGGUUGUCACCCCACUCUCCCUCCCUGCAGUGAUAGCUCACUUAUGCACCUGAGCUCGCACUCGUAUUCCGCUGCCUUAAGAGACCAGGUUGUCACCCCACUCUCCCUCCCUGCAGUGAUAGCUCACUUUUGCACCUAAGCUCACACUCGUAUUCCGCUGCCUUAAGAGACCAGGUUGUCACCCACUCUCCCUCCCUUCUGUGAUAGCCCACUUUUGCACCUAAGCUCACACUCGUAUUCCACUGUCUUCAGGAUCCCUCUUCCCAUAACUUAUCUUAACCUGGGACACCAGAGACCAGGUUGUCACCCCAGUCUCCCUCCCUUCUGUGAUAGCCCACUUUUGCACCUUUAUAGCUCCCACUCCUAUUCCACCUCCAGUUUUGCCUCGUCCCAUAACUUAUCUUAACCUUUGAUGUUUGGGAGUGGGGGCUGAGAUUUGGUAACUAUUUAGCAUCUAGAACAGGGUGCCCUUUUGCAACAGAAUCCUUAAAACGAGUAUAAAGGGUGGCAAUAAUGUGUGGUACCAUCAAUUAUUAGUUAUGAUGCUAGCCUGAAAAAUUACUUAAUUCUGUUUCGGCAAAAUGAAACGAAUCAGGGUCAUAAAACUAAGUCUCUUUUCUUAAACAGGGUAGCAAACUGAAUAGCCUGCAAGCAAGCUCUCCGGGGCACUCUGGUGGGGGUAGAAAGGAGAGCUUGCAACUAUGUCUCUGAAAUUUGAAUUCCUGCACCUCCAAUUCUUUUGUGUCUCCCUGUCAACUGAGCUGCCUGAUUUCCGCCAAUCAGCACGAAGCAGAAACCCGUGAUAAUAUAAACAAACAUUGGAAAACACGUGCCAAGGGUAAUGAUGUCAUUACUAAUGUCAUCUCCACCAAUCAGCAUUUCGCAUUGACUUUUUUAUGCAGAUAUUCAAAUUCCAGAGAUAUAGUCACAAACUUUCCUUCCUUUUCCCACCUCAGUGUCAGAGUGCCCCAGAGAGCUUACUUGCAGGCUAGAGACUGAACGAUUUUUGUACUAAAGUUACCUCUACCCAACCUUCCCUUUGAGUCCCCCUCCCUGCCCCCCGAGGUUAGAAGUGCUAUAAACCUGUUAGUUGUACCCAUCAAAUGAUAAGUAUGUUAAGAAGUUUGGUGAGAAAAGAAAAAGAAAACCAAGGAAGAAAACAAAGAAAACAGCCCAUGAUGCAGAGGUUGGAAACAAAAGCUUAAUAAUUAACAGGAAAUAUACCAUACAACUUUAAUUAGAUAAAAUUAAAUAUGUAUGGUGUAUCCAAAAUCAGCUGCACAACCGAAAGGAUUAAAACAACGCCUUGGUAACUGAAAGCACUAACUACAGACAGGGAUUGUUUACCUCAACACAAUGCCCAAUAGCAGCGGCAUAUUAAGGGCUAUUUAAGGUUGGAAAAUUGAUGUCUACCCUUUAACCCUUUUAAGUAACUUUCUGAGGGAAAAGGCACCCCUAUAUAAUUUUGUUAUGAAAAAACUGAUCACAUUUAUAUAUCUACUUUAAGGAGUUUGUCUUUAAAUUUAGGUAGGUGGGUGAGGGGGGCAGAGCCCCUCCCCUGGCAGUCUGCUACUGGAUCUAGUGAGCAAAUUAGGAGUGACCCCUUUUGGGCACAGGUGAACUCUACAGUGGCGGAGCUAGGAGAGGGUCCCUCCUAAGUUUUAGACCAAACUGAGGCCCGAAGGGCUGAAAAAAAUUUUUUUUUGAGACCGUCUUCCCCCUUUAUCUCAGGGUAUGGAUGACCGCCACCCCCCUCCCUUAUCUGAAGGUCUGGAAUCCGCCACUGCUUUAAAACUAGAGGCAAAGACGUCAAGACUUGUCAGGUGACGUGAAAGAUAUAAGAUGAAAAGCUCCUUGUUUUCCAUCCUUCAUUAAUUUCUCCUUCAAAAUCGUUCAGUGUUUGAGAACACGGAAAAGUCACAUCAAUCAUUUCACGAACUGCUUCAUUCAGUAUUAAACAUGUGGAAGUUCUUGAGAAUUACUGCACUGCUUAUCUACAAAUUAAUACACAAAGGUAUAUUAAGCCCAGCUUCAGCGUCGAUUGGCUCCGAUAAUAGUUACAAGAAAAUGUAAAAUGAUGGCCUGGGCUCCAUGAGUUUGUUUAGCUGGAUGGUAUACCUGUGCAAGCGACGGAGACUGGAACUGUUCCUCUUUUCCAAAAUGGCUGCUUUCUUGUCCUGGUCCUGACUGCCUUUCAAAGCGAGAAAGCUUUUCAUCGAAUACCGGUAUAGCUAAGUCGGUGAUAACUUUUUGAGGAAUUUCAUUCGGAGAGAACUGGAGAAUUUACAGGAAAGGUGGGCCUGAGAGGAGUCGAAAACUUGCUCGUAAACAGCAUGGCACAUAACAGUCUUCGUUCUUCGACUUCCUCUUUUCAGCGGAAAAGAACAAACACUGAUGAUUCUAGAAAAGAGGUCUUUGAAGCUGCAAAGUCUGGAGAUUCUGUUCUCCUUAAUGAGGUUCUCGAGAAGCUGGAUAAUACAGAGAGGAUAUCUGUAUUAGGUGUUGAUUUUCAGUAUAUUGGUGAUGGCUGUCCUUUGUCAGCCAGCGAUGAGUCGCCGGUCACGCCAUUAACAGUUGCUGUGCGAAAUGGAAAUCUUGAUUGUGUGAAAGUGCUCUUGAAGUAUGGAGCAGAGAUUGAAGGGCGAGGAGAUUUUAUGCAUAUUGUUGAACACGAUUCACAUCCUGUUCCAUACAACUACAAGUGCUGCACUGCUUUGUUCAUUGCUGCUACUUGUGGAAACGUUGAAACUUUGAGGUUCUUGGUUGAAAAUGGUGGUGAUGUUAAUGCAGCUGAUGAUCUUGGCCUCACCCCACUGAUGGCUGCUGUUAAAAAUCAAUUCCUUGAUGCAGUGAUCUUUCUUAUUGAUCAAGGUGCUGAUGUGAAUUUACAAGACAGCAGUGGCUUAACAGCACUUCACUAUGCCACUGAAGUUAGUUUUGAUCCCUCAAGUUGUUUAAUUGUUAAACAACUUAUUAAUGGUGGAGCUAACAUAAAUGCUGUUACAAAGAAUGAUAAGUGCACCCCUUUGAUGCUAGCUUGUCUAAAUGAAAAUGUCAGUGUAAUAAACUUUCUUCUUCAAAAUGGAGCUAAUGUGGCUCUUACAGACAACAAUGGAUGGACAGCCCUUCACUUUGUUGUGGAUGAGUGCGAUGACCCUUCUGAGAUUGUGAGGUCUCUUCUUAAUUAUGGAGCUGAUGUUAAUGCAAGAAGAAUUGACAAUGAAACCCCUUUACUGGUAGCUAGCCGGUUUUGUGAUGAAGAAACAGUGACUUUGCUUAUUGAACAAGGUGCUUAUGUAGAUCUCCAAGAUCAAAAGGGCAAUACAGCUCUUCAUAAUGUUGUAAGGAGGAAAUCUGAAGAAAUGGUUGGCACACUUUUGAAUGCUGGAGCAUCCAACUUGUGUAACAGUCAAGGAAUGACACCUCUCUUGCUAGGUUGUAGUAAGGGCUAUGUAGCAGUGGUAGAGAAUCUAAUCAAGCAACCAGAGAUAACAAAAGAGCAAAGGAUAAAUGCAUUAGAACUUCUUGGAGCAUCUGUUUUAAUUGAGGAGUGUAUCCUUGAAAAUGCCGAUCUUCAUGAUUUGAAAGGAUUCAAGUACAUCAAACAUGGCAUGAUAGAAAGGUUUGCUGAUCAUUCCCAUCCUUUGUUUUUGUUUAAACAAGAAAUGGAACCUGUUGAAGCUUAUCAGAACAGAAGAGAGUGUCAAACUUUGGAGGAGCUUGCUGAGAUUGAAGGUGAUAGGGAUGCUAUCAUCAUGGAAAGCCUUCUUAUUAAAGAGAGAAUCAUGGGAAGAAACUAUGAAGACCUGAUUGCAGUUAUUAGAAACGUUGCACGUUAUUAUGAGGACCAUGAUCUUUCUUCCUGUAUAAAGUUGUACAGGCAUGCUAUGAAAACAGCCCCAAAAUGCGAUGUAUCAGCUGUUGACUUAAGCAUCAUAACCAGUGCAUUGUUCAAUAGGUUUGAAAAUGGUGAUCUUUCAAAAGAAGAGGAUUUUCUCGAUGUUCCUGACAAAACAAUUCUUGAUCAUGACCAUGAAAUUCAAAGAAAGAUGACAAAUGAACAGGAUUCAUGGUAUGAUAUGUUGUAUCUCUUUGAUUCCUUGCAGAAACUGGUUUUUGUGAUAAGCAAAUUUGAAUGUGCUGAUGAAGGAAGACUCUCAAGUUCAGCACUGUUAUUGAAAACUAUUUCCAACUUGAAUCUUCGAGAUAGUGACAGUAAUACGAUCUUGCACCGGUUUGCCAUACAUCAUGGCAGAUGUUCUUCAUAUUCCUACUCUGGCGCAGUGAAACUUCUUCUGAAUGCAGGAUUCAAUGUCAAUGCUAUCAAUAGCAAUGGAGAUACUGUACUUCACAUAGUUGCCACUUUAAAACCCAGCGACGAUAAAAUCCAUCUUUUAACUGAUUGUUGCAGGUUUUGUUUGAUGGAGGUGCACAUGAUGAUUUUGUCAACAUGCAGUGAUGGUAAAACACCCAUGAACAUGGCUGGAACUGAUGAAGCUCGCAUGAUUCUUUCAGAGAGAAGAAAACUAGAGUUAAAGUGUAUUAGUGCCAGAGCUGUCAAAAGGUUUGGAAUUCCUUAUUUGGGGUAG